CAGAGUCAAGAAAAUAGGCAGCAAAAUCAUGGCUCUCUACUUCUCUUUAUGGUGAGUAUGGAGGGUAGUAUCCUUCUGCCAUUGACAAAGCUUGUGAAAAAACCAAAUUCUGAAACCCAUUUUCCUCGAUUAUAUACUUGUCUCCUAAUCCGUCUAUCCUCAAUAAAGUUAUUCCCACAAAGCUUAUUAAGUAUUGAUGUAGUAAUUCCAUCGCUGCAAAUUGAAGAAACUCCUUUAAAUAGUAUCUUCUUUCAGUCUUGUCCUUCCGUAUAUGCUAGGCUGUAAGGUGAAAGCUUUUGGAUCCAGCGCUUUAUUGGGUCUCUCUCUCUCUCUCUGCCUGUUAAGAUCUUAGGGCUUUGAAGGAUUGUGACAGCUGUUCUCACUUUUUCUGUAUUGCAAUGUUCAUUAGUUGAUAGUAUUAGGUUCUUUACGCUCUGAUUAUUGCUUGAAUCUUGUGUUUGUGUUGGUGGAGGAGAUCAAUUGAGGUUUUGUUUGGUGGGUUUUCUUUUGUUCCCUGUUUAUCUAUUAGUGAAGUGGGAAUCAGUCUUCGUUCCUGAUCAAUUGGAAAUCAGGGUGUUUUUGAUAAAAUUGGGUUCAUAUGCUUGUUUUUUGUAUGCUGCAAUUUAAAGCUGAAUUGAGUUACAAAAAGGAGAGAAAGAUUCCACUGAAGCUUUUGAUCGAAUGGGUUCACCUGGGUUCUUCUUGAUAUGUAUCCUCCACUCUACAAUAGCUUUAUACUGUGGAGUUAUGAUGAUCUUUUACACCUAUGAAAUCUCUACAUUUGGUCAUGGAACUGAGAUUGCCAGUAAGCUUAGAGGGUCGACACCCCAUGAUCAACUCUUGAUCCAGACCUCGGAUUCCUUUUCUGGGUUGCUUUUGUUUGCCAUUGGAUUCCUCUUGUUGAUGAUGGCUUUUGUUAGGGAAAGAGAGUUUCAGAGCUUCUUUGCAAAAGGGUGUGUUUUCCUUCAUGUUUUAAUGGCAUUGUGGAGGGUUUACUUUGAGAGAAGGCUUGGAGAUCUUGCUAGUGAUUGGCCCAGGAAGGUUGUUGGGGACAUUGCAAUGGCAGCUUCUUGGGUAUUCGUUAUUGUCUACUCAUGGAGGGAGAAGUAUGAUUAGUUCAGAUCAUUGCAGUUGCUGUUCAGUGGAUUGCAAUCACUGUGAAAUCCCAGGCUUCCUAGUUGGGUUUCUAUGAACUUGUCAAGUGGAUUGGAGACCAAGCAUGAUCAGAUUCUGGGUUACUUUGCUUAAAACUCUGGUCUUGAAUCUUGAAGAUGCUUGAAUCCUAAGCUAUGU